AUGGCGACUACAUCAGGCUCUUCGACGCCGGCCAGAGUGGAGGUGCCAUCAUGGAACGGGGAGGCAGAGAAGCUGUCGAGCUACCACUUCGAAGUGGCCAUGUUCGUGAAGAGCAUCAGGCUGAGCGACCGCUACGUCUGUGGUCCACAGUUGGUUCGGGCGCUUGGGCCGCGGGUUCGGAACGCCGUGGAGAGCUGCCCGUCCAUCGACGACGUGGGCCGUGUGGACGGGGGCGGAAGACUGGUCGGCUGGGAGACGGUGUUCAACUACGUGCUGGACAAGUUGGACUACACCAGCCUGAACGACACAGGCAAACUGGCAGAGGAGUUCUUCCUGAAGGUCGCGCGCAACUCAGGCGAGACCUUCCAGGACUGGGCCGCUAGGUUCGAGAAGAAGGAGAGAGAGCUGCUCUCGCAGCUGCAGGCGAUCGACCCGGACGUCAAGGAAGUGAUUGCCAAACCGCUCCGUACAUGGUGGUUCUUGAGGAAGUCCAGGCCUUGGCGGAGCUGGACGGCCCUGUACGAGAACGACGCCGACGACGACGAGCACGAGACUGGUGGGGAAGUUGACGAAAUCUACGAGAUGGUCGAACAGCUGAUCGACCUUGCAGACGAGGACGACGACGAUGAAGAGGCUGCCGACCUGGAGGCGGACAACGAGGUGUUCGCGCAGUUCCGCCAGGCGGGGCGGAGUUUCAAGGGCGACUUCGGGGACCUGGCAAAGGUCGGGGACGUGGACAAGAUCGACGAGUACGAUUCGCAGCUCGGACACCGUGCUCGAGACUGCCCCGACCGUGGCAAGGUCGGGAACAGCGCUACUGCUGGCACGGGGACGACGCACAACGGCUUCAUCCUGUCGGCGCUGGACGAGUGCGUCUACUUGCUGGAGCGCGAGGGGAUCUGGGCCGUGCUGGACAUCGGGGCGACGCGCAGCCUGGGCGGUGUCGAGAGCGUGGAGAACUUGAUGUACAAGAUGCUGGUGAACCACAAUGUGGAGUUCGAGGCCCACAGCGACACCUGCUCCUUCACCUUUGGGGGCGGCCUCCAGAAGAGCUCCAUGGGGACGGUCGCGGGCAAGGCCUUCCUGGGACCUCAGUUGCGGGAGAUCAGCCUCUCGGUGAUGGCGAACCGCGUUCCGAUCCUCCUGGGCAUGGACAUCCUGACGGACGACCUGAAGGUGGUGGUGGACUGUGGCCGCAACUGGCUUGGCCUACCGACACUGGGCAACAAGGUCUACUACUGCGAGCGGCUCUCCAGCAAGCACCUGGCGAUCAACCUGUCGACGCCGCAGUGGUGGCGUGAAGUACCUGUGCCCUUGUCUUUGGAGCGCUGCCAGGCCAACAUGGUAGAGCAGGACUCCAACGUACUGAUGGAGGAGUCAGAGGAGCCCUGCGUGGGCUGCGCUGGCUGCGGCCGCGAGCGGACCAAUCCCGACUCAGAGACCGAGCAGCACACCGAUUCCGAGAAGAGCGAGUUCAACACGACAAUCGACCGAGAGAAGACUGUCGACCGCGAUGCGUUCGAGCAGCCCGAGGAUUCCGAAAUCUACGAUGCCGACACCUACCGCUUCAGGGCCUACGUCGAGCUGCGGGACAGCCCGAGUGGGCCCGGCCUCGGACACGUGCUGGACCGCCAACUCGAGCUCAGCAGCGUCACCAACGACACCAGGAUCGAUAGUCACCAGUGCCUGAAGCAGCAGCCGACCGAGCCCACCAGCGAGGCGCUCGGGGACAUACGCAGCCAGGCAGUUGCGAUGAGGUGGCGAUGGCUCGCGGCGAAGGUGGCGAAGCGGGAUCCGGAGGGCCCCUGGGAGUUCCUGCCGAAGCCAGACGACACCAUGCUGGACGACUCGGACACCGACCUGCAGAUGUUCUACCAGGCUCAGGAGAAGGUGAUGGAGAAGAUCUACGCCGAGAUCGGGGAAGACACCACCAUCCUGUCCAAAACGUCCAGAGCCGACCUGAUGGAGAUCUGCUGCCCGAAGGAUUCGUCUCUCGGACAAGCCAUCGGAGCUCAAGGAGGCAGAGUUGUACGCUGCGGGCUUUUCAACGGCUACGACAUGGGAACAGCUACAGAAGCUAGCGGAUUGUCACACGGAGCUCGAGCACCCCUGGAACAGCCGGAGUUGGUCCAGGUCACCCUUCAUCAAGAGAUGCGAUCCGAGAUGGACGAGACCAUCGUCCAUGGCUGUGCUUACAGACUUCGAGAUGAACGGACUGGUCUACUCAUCAAGAAGGCCUGGCGCGUCUGCUCGACGGACCCCGAGUUCGGCAUGAAGGUUGGCCGCGUGUGCUCCACCCGCCCCGGGCGAGGAGAUAACCAUCUUCAUCGAAUAAUCGAGGAUGGGCGCUUGGUGGCACAAGUCGCUUACUACCCUCCUGCCAUGUGCAAGUCCUGGGCCAAGCACAUCAUGAAGGAGAACGCCAGUGUGAAUUACGGCAAAGAGAUCUUCGCAGGUCUGGAGCACAUUCCAGAGGAGGACGACGUCGACAUGCCCGAUGACGAGGAGGAGUUGCCGAAGGACGAGGACAUCGAGAUGGAGACCGUGGAGACCCCCAUCAAGGGCAUGGGGAUCAAGACUGAGCUGGCCAAGAAAGAGACCUCCGAGAUCGAGCAGCGUCUGUCACGGCUACAUCGGAAUCUCGGACAUCCCAGUAACAAGACGCUCUACAAUAUCCUGAAGGCAUCGGGUGUGGAGGUACCGGGCGUCCUUGAAGUACUUGCGGCCGAUGGACUCGAAUGGCUAUCACAUCAGCAGACGCCCCACUUCAUGGCGCUGAAUAUUGACGAGGGCUCGGGCCUCACCAGCGUGACGUACCACGGGCAGAAGGGCGAGCGCAGCAGCAACCGUACGGCCACAGAGGUCAUCUCUACGUGGGAGUCUUGGUGCAGUCACUACCGACGACCGUCGCUCAUUCGCAUGGAUCCAGAGGGCUGUCAUUGCUCUCAGGCCGUCGCCAAGUGGGCAUCGGACCACGGCAUCGAGAUCUGGAUCGCCCCGGAGAAGCUCACUGGUUGGCACUCGCCGUUCGAGCGCGUCCUGGGCGCGACGGGCACGCCCGCCUCGAACAACCCCUUUGCCAUCAUCGACGGUGACACGGGGGAGACGCAGGAGCAGCGGCGACUGCUUGCCCGCAAGAGCUACCUGGAGUGCGAAUACGCUGAGCGACGUCGACAUGCUGAACAAGCCCGGAACCGCGUGUACCAGACACGGGAGGCCGGCGACCUUGUGCACUUCUGGCGAGAGGGGAAGGGCCGCGAAAAUAAGCCCGGCAAGAAAGGGGGCUGGCAUGGUCCUGCGAGGGUGCUCAUCCAGGAGAAGAGGCACAUCGACGGCCGCAUCCGCACUACGUCAGUCGUCUGGAUCGCUCACGGGAACACGCUCCUCAGAUGUGCGCCAGAACUUCGACCAGCUUCGGAGGCCGAGAAGAUGAUCACCGAAUUGCAGAAGCAGGCCGACCUCGGGAAGACCAUGACCGAGAUUCUCGAGACCGCCAAGUCUGGCACCUACGAGGACCUCCUACAACAACGGCCCCCAGACCUUCGAGGGCACGAGCCACAGCAGCCUCCGGACCCUGGACCUGCAGAGCAAGUACCUGAAGAACCUCCCGGCGAGGCCAUGGAGGAGGAGCCACCUGCGCAGGAGUCCCGGGCGACAACACCGCGCUCUGUAGCCCAGCCCGAAGUGAGCCAGACGAACUACCCGAAGAUCCUCCUCUACCUCCUGACCACGGGGACACGGACGUCACCAGCAGACCAGCACAACCAGCUCCACCCGAACCUGCUCGUCCUGCUGAGGAACCUGGAACCGCCGCAGGAGAUCGACCUCUACCGACCUCCUGAGAAACGACAGAAGGGCAACGACGGGACGGACGACAAGGAACUCCUGGUCAACCUACUUCACGACGACCUGGACAUCACCCUGGGGGCCGACGAGCACCAGACCGUCUACUUCGAGUGCGUGAGCUUUAUUGCCAAACAACGCCGCAAGGACAAGGUGGAGCUCACCUGGUCCAAGAUGAAUGCGACCGAGCGCAAGGAGCUCGAGGAGGCCAUCGCCAAGGAGACGAACAACUGGGUGCAACACCAGGGGCUACAACCAGCACCUGCAUCACGAGUGAGGGACACCGCGGACAUCAUCAGGGCGCGCUGGCUUUUCACCCGCAAGGCCGAUGGUCGUGCAAAGGCCCGCCUCGUCCUUCUAGGCUACCAGACCAAGGACCUUGGCAAGGCACCGACCGCGAGCCCGACGGCAUCCCGAAGGGCGCGCAACGUGGUGCUCACCAUCGCCGCCGCCAAGCACUGGAAGCUGACCAAGGGCGACGUCACCUCGGCACUCCUACAGGCCAACAAGCUCGAGAAGGACUACUUCAUCGAACCCGACAACGUGCUCAAGAAGGCAUUCAAUGUGAAGGACGGUGAGCUCCUCCAGGUGACCAAGCCUGGCUAUGGAAUCGGCGAGGCCCCGCGUCACUGGCGGGAGACCGUCAAGGUCGACUUCAAAAAGCUGGGACUUCAGGCGUGCGAACUGGGACCUUGCAUGUGGACGCUGCGGUGCUCCUGGACGGGCCGUCUCAUCGGACGGGCCAUGGCGCACGUGGGCAACUUCAUUUUGGCGAGCGACACCGACCACGAGGAGCGGAACACCAACGUUCAGCAGAUCCGCAAACUCUAUAAGUGGGGCACCUGGAAGGACAUGAACGCGGGCAUUGACAGCCUGGAGCAGCGCGGGGUCACUAUCGUGGAGAACGCGAAGGGUUUCUUCCUACGCCAGAGGGCAUACGCCGACAAAAUCCAAGAAGUGCGUCCAGCAGACAACGGGCGCCAUCGCCCCUCCGACACGUUGCGCGAGAAGGAUCAGACCAUCCUCAGGGCGUUCUGCGGGGAGGUCUACUGGCUGGGGGUGAACACGAUGCCCUUCCUGCUUGCGUGGGUCGCCGAGCUUCAGUCCAAGAUCCUGAACGGCACGCGCAGCCUCUUCACCACGGCCAACAACAUCGUGAAGUUGAUCAAGCAGAACCAGCACAUAGGACUCCAUAUACAUCGCCACAACAUGGACGACUUGGCCGUCUUCACCUGGUGCGACGCCGCCUGGGCCAGCCGGCCCGGCGGGCAUUCUCAGGGAGGCCACCUCACCGCGGUCGCGGCCGCCAAGGCGAUGCACGGCGAGAAGGCAGAGUUCACGGUGCUCGGCUGGGGCUCCAAGAAGUUGCGCCGCGUGGCUCGGUCGAGCCUUGCAGCGGAAGUGCAGGAAGCUGGAGACGCCGAAGGAGAGCAGUGCAUGGUGCGCAUGGUGCAGGCGGAGAUCCUCCUGAACAAGUCGCCAGUGCGGGAGCGCAUGGACAUGCUCCACCACCUGCCAGCGGUGCUCGUGACCGACUGCAGGGCCUUCUACGACGGGGUGGUGCGGUCUCAGUCGGCGGGGCUGGGCCUCGAGGAGCGGCGGACCGCGAUCGAGGCGCUGGCGCUACGGAGCGCCCUCGACGAGGGCAAGACGCUGGUGCGGCGGGUGCACUCGCACUCGCAGAUCGCGGACGGGCUCACCAAGGGCAACUGGCAAGCGUUCGGAGUGCUGAAGCUGUUCCUGGAGAAGCAGGAGUGGGGGUUGAUCUACGACGAGAACUUCGUGAGCGCGCGGAAGCGCGCGGCAUUAGGCCGAGGCAUCUUCGACAAGACGAACGACACCAGAGGACUCGUUGAGGGCGGGCGGGAUCUUUUCAUCCAGCCCACUGGGUUCAGUGGCAAGACCAGGCACCUGGGAGCCUGGUCGCCCUAG